AACGAAAAAAACAGGAUGAGCCAGGUCAUGGCUGUCCAACUGUGAUUGAUUUAGAUGAAAUACAGAUAAGCUAAUAUGAUGAUUAACUACGUUGAGUAUAAAUCUCAUCUGUUAACUGUAUUUCGUUCACUCCGUCUCAACUCAGUGAACCGUGAUCAUGAACCGUUUUUCCGUAUUAGCGCUCAUCUGCCUUUUCGCCUUGACCCAGGGUGCUGGCCUGUUUGAUGGCAGCAUGUUGGGCGAGCUCGAGGGAGGCGAAGAUGGUGGACUCUUUGACGGCGAACUAAAGGAUAGACCAAUACUUCGUGCCAUGCUGAUGAAGAAACUUUUUGGUCAAGAUGAAAACACCGGUGGUGCACAGCCACCAUUUCCACUCAUCCGUGCCAUGAUGUCGCAGAACGCACAGAUGCCAGUACUUCGUGCAAUGUUAGCACGUCAAAUAAUGCAGGGAGGCCAGGUUCCACAACCAUUGUCUCAAGAUGAGGGAUUACCAGGUCCAUUGCGUGCAAUGAUUCUGUUCCGUUUGGUUACACCUGCCAUUGGGAAAAAAAUAGUUGAAGGAAUCAAAGAGAGGAAAGAUGCCGAGAGAGUAUACACCUUCCAGACAACUCUGGCUUGUGAUUGCGCUCUCAAUUACGUUGAUGACGAUGGUGAAAUGAAAGGAUUUUCAUUCGAUCUGAUAAGAGCAGUAUGUGAAGAAGCUGGCAAACAGUGCAGAGUACAGUACGACACAAGCACUAACUGUGUAUCCCACGAUGGAAACCAUCCAGUUGCUGGAGAAGGUCUUAUGGGGAAACACUACGAUGCAUGCGAAGGUUGGGUGAAGACAACCCACCGUGAGCAUAUCCUUGGAUUCACCAAGCCAUACUGGAAAGACGUUGCUUCAUCGUCAUUUUACAUCAAACCAGAAAACCCAACCGGUUUUGAUCCAGCAGACAUCACUGAUAAGAAGAUUGGUUUCAUGAGUGGAUGGGUCGGCGAUCAUUCGUGUCUCACAGACAUAACAGGAUACUCAAGUUCAACAGACAACUAUGUUUACUUCAAAGACAGAAAGGCAAUUUUGGAUGCUCUUGAGGCAGAGGAGGUGAGCGCAAUAUUCCUCCUAGACCAGUAUGCUAACAAUGCACUACAGAAGGGAUAUGUAACCAUUGGGGAGAGCAGAAAUUGUGCUGGCUCAGGAGAUCAACAUAUGAUAACACGUAAAGACAAUGAUCUUAGCACAUGGUGGGACGAGGCACUAACAAGCAUGAUGGAAAGUGGCAAGUACUAUGCUGUAUGCAACAAGGCUAGAGUUGACCAUGGACAUAUGGGAGAGGUACAAUGCAUCACUGACUAUUAGGAAAUUUUUUUACGAACUGGACCAUAUGAAAUUCGGCAAAAUGAAAUUACGAUUUGAUGUAACGAUAUUCAAAUUUAUUGUGAUAAGAGUUGAAUAAACAAAAUACAUUAUACAAAUAUAAUUUUCAUUAA